AUGUCUUGCCGGGCCCCGCCGCGCGAGUACUAUGAGGAGGAGGAAUUCGAAGUCGAACGCGAGCGAGAUCGGUAUCCCCGUUCACGCCGACGGGAGCGCGACCUUGACGGGGAUGUUGAAUACCGUCGCCGGAGAUCAAUGCCCCCAGUCGAAGACCUGGAGCGCAUGCGCAUUCGAGAACGGCCGCCGCGCGACUUUGUCCAAGAGAGCUAUGCCCCGCCGAGAGACCGCGGCCCCUUGGUGAGAAGGGCGAGGGACGAGCUGGAUGAGCCACUGCCGGAACCUGAACGGGAAGAUGUUCGGAUGCGCCCAGCACGCCGACGCGGCAGCCUUCGCGCUCGCGAAAUCGAGGAGGAGUCUGAGCUGUUUAUCGGCGAGCGAGAAAGACAUGGCAGCCGACGACAUCGGAGACCCCGUGAGCUGGAAGAAGAUGACAUGGUCGUUCGUCAUAAGGAACGGGCCAGCGAAGGGGAUUUGAGACCGAUGGAGAGAGUGUAUGAAGAUGAGCGGGAAGAAGUCUAUUUCCGGCCCUCGUCCGGACCCCGACGCAAGCCAUCGCGCCGUGAAGCAGAAUUUGAAGAAAGAAUCAUUGACGACAGAGAACAUGAGCGUCCGCGGGGAUCACGGCACCGUGGAGAGCUAAAACUUGAAGAGGACCUAGUCAUGCAAUGGAAGGACCGACCAUCCCCCCGAGCACAGGAGGAUGAUGAGGAAAUACGUUUGCGAGAAACGAGACGACGGCAACGUCGUAGCCCCCCAGAGCCGAGGUACGUUCGAGAACUACCGCCACGGGAGCCACCUGGUUCCUGGCCUGCUGAUAGGGAGGAUGACGAGGAGGAGAUUCGCAUUCGCUCCCGGAUGCGCUCGAGAUCGCGCCGUCGGGGAGUCGAGGACGAAGAAGAAGACCUUGUCAUCCGUCGAGAAGUGCGAGAUCGGGACAGCGGGAGAGAAAGUGCGGAAAGCGACGAGGUCCUUCUGCGAAAGAGUAAACGCAGGCCUCCACCGCGAGAACCAUCGUCUUCUCCAGAGCCUAUCCGGGCCCCACCGAUCCAUCAGGAUGUUAUCACGCAUCAUCGACAUAUUGAUCACGGAUUUGAUCUCGCUCGUCCACCGCGGGCGCCUAGUCCCGAGAUAUCUUCCACGAGAACUAGUUUCGACGAGCUGGAUGUCCGCCAUCGCAGCAAAAAGGGGAAUCGGGGGAGCCGCAAAUCCGAGGAAGAUAUCAUUUUCAAGACUCGUGACGAAGAGGAAUCUGUAUCGCCGACUAGUGGUCCUUCCCUCGACUUCAAUAAUCCAUGGAAGCCGGACCCUGCGCCUUCGCGUCGCAGCCACAAACCGAGAUCCUUAGAUGAUGAAAGUGAGUUACUAAUUGCCUCACAUACUCGCUCGCGCCGAGAUCUCCCGCGCGGGCUUGAUCUGGAGGAAGAAGAGACGGAAGAGGAAAUAGAGAUCCAUAAGAGACGAUCGAAGCCCCGGUCGAUCGUCGAAGGAAUUUCCAGAGAGACCACUGAUGAGUGGUCUGUGGUUCAUACACCCUCAAAAGACGACGCGAUUGAGAUGAGCGGCGGCCUUAACGUGGUCGAAGUUGCUCCCAAGGGCGCUCUGGAAGAGGAGCUUGAUAUUCGAGGGCGGGUCGAACAGCAGAUAGUCAAGGAGCGUCAAGAUGAACGCUGGACGGAGAUCACUAAGGAUCUGGUUGUCAGGGAUGCCAUCGAGCGGCUUGGCUAUGAGUUCGAAGAGACACGGACCUUUUAUUACAUUUUCUCAUACCUGGAACCGGGUGAUAUCGACGAACUUGUUGAGCUGUCGGAUGAAAUCCGCCACGCAAGGCGCAGGCGUAUCAAGGAGAUGAACCGCGAACGCGCAAUAAGGCCACGGCGGCCUAGCCUUCCUAUGGAUAGGAUGCCCCCCGUCCAAGAAUGGCUGGUCAUAGGCACGUAA